AUGACCUCCUCGGGUUUCUCACCCUUCGACCCCCCCCCUCCCCCCCCCUUGGCCCAUCUCACGUCUCCCUCCCCCUCCCUGCAGAUCCGGCGUGCCCUUCAGCAGCUGCUGUUCCCCAGGAAGGCCUUCCAUUGGGUCCGGCACACUGGCAUAGCCGUUGUGCUCCUCAUCUGUGUCAACCUACUGGUCAUCUUCGUCCCCAAUAUCCGAGACAUCUUCGGUGUUAUUGGUGCCACUACCGCUCCGAGCCUGAUCUUUAUACUGCCCGGAAUGUUCUAUGUCCGCAUUGUACCCAACGAUAGAGAACCUUUGAAAUCAAGGCCAAAGAUCCAGGCUGCUAGCUUUGCCGCGAUCGGACUGAUCUUCAUGGUGAUGAGUUUAAGCUUCAUCUUUAGGGAAUGGACAAGCGGCAAUGGGGGGAGCGGUGUCGGUGGGCACUAGUCCAGCACCCUCCACAGGCAGUGCAUCACUCCCAGUCCAUUCACCCAACUCCCUUGGCCCCAUCUAUGUCUUUCCCACAUCUUCCCCCUUCCCCUCACCUCUUUGGUUCAUGCUGGCAAGUGAGUGGUGAACGCAUCCAGGAGGAGGAAUCUUUCCGUCUGAUACGUGUCAACAUUGCCCUCCCCCCCCUCCAAACCCCAUCAUCACUCCCCACGGGCCCCCUCUCUGUCCGGGAGCAGUCCAUGCCUUCCUCCUCAGGCGGAUGGUCAAUUGUAAGGAUAAACCCCCCUCAUCGAGUGGCGCAUUCAGCGAAGGAAAUCUACCCGUCUUACCCCGUCCUGGACCUACACAUGACUCCGGGCGCCGCUGCCGGGCAGUGGUUCACUCCUAACUUCGUUGGACAAAUCACCGACCCGGCCCGUGGUGGACCCUUGUUGUUAGAGGUCGCGAUUGCGUUCGGAGGGCCUUGCCUGCGAUUGGAUUUCCUGCCCCCCCCCGCCACUCCGCCUAGUAAUUCACGGAACCCUGGGUGAAAUCACAUCGGAAGCUUUUCAUUCAGGGGCACCCUCUGCGAGGCUGGGGGAGCUCCAGGAUUCUGACUCGGUGGCAUCGGAGCAACAGCCGGUAGCAUUCCAAGCUGGGACGUGGAACAGGAGUUUGGUGGUUCCACUCCCCGCAUCUGCCGUCCUUCUAGGGCUGGUGGGCCUGGAAAAUCUUGGUAGUGGACGAAGGGAGUUUUGGAGCUCAUUCCCAAUCAAGUCCGUCCGUGCGUCCGGUACUGCAGCGGGUGAGGUGCGCUCGACUGUUUACUUCUGACCCCCCGACUCCCUAGCUAAGCUGGGAGGGAGUCGGUACAGCGAUUCCUCAGCCCUCCUAGCUGUGUGGGGGUGGGGGUAAUGCGUGGAAAAUUUCCCCCUUCCUGAAGGCCAUUAGGACCAGAUUCCGUACACAAUGCACAUCUUGUCAGCGUCUGGAGAGAGGGAGAGGCGAGACCCGUUUCCUCCCGGUGACGCCCACAAGAAUGGGUGCCCGCUUCCAGGAUGGUUAGAAAUACAAUGGCAGCUGGAGGAGAUCAAUUCUGUGCUGCUUUCGGAGGGAUAGUUGCUGCAAUGGUUUCAGAGACGGUGAAGUAGCUAAGCACUUGGGUUUUACUGAGGUCCAAUCGCGGCUGCGUCGCACCUCCGUGCCUCUGUACUUUCACCCUUCUCUCACCCUCUGCCACCUUCCUCCCGAAAGCUUGCCUUCCAGGCCGGUCGUGUCAAUUGCCAGUCCGAAACGGCGCGGGUCAGCUCAGUGGGGUCCCUUCCAGACACGCACAAUAGGAUUUAGAGUAGGCCACUCGGCCCCCCAGGUCUGCUCUGCCAUGCUAUACAAUCAUGGCUUAUCCUGCAACUCAGUCCCCUGCUUUCUCCCACCACCCCCACCCCCUCCUUUGAUCCCUUUAGCCCCCAGAGCUAAAUCUGAAUCCUUCUCAACAUUUAGUCCCCGACCACUCUCUGUGACAGAGAAUUCCCCAGACUCCCAAACACGCUGAGUGAAGAAAUGUCUCCUUCACUUCUGUGCUACAUCACUUAAACCGUGAAUAGCAACAGAAUUGUAAAAACGGUGCUGGGAUAUUAUCAUGCAAGUUUACCUUGCUGAAUAUUUUUUAUUUAGGAGUACGUUAAAAAUAUUGACGUAAUUAUUUGCCAUGUGACUAAAUGAAAGCAAGUGUACCCUCCAUGUCUUUAAUGCAGGCUUGUGGAAUCACACAGGACAGCAGAGGCCCUUUGAGGUUGACCACUUUAAAGACACUACCACCUACACUAGUCCCAUGUUCCCUCACUCGGGCCCUCAGCUUUCAAUGUUAUGACAGCUAUGCGUAGCAUUAUUUUAGAGAUUCCUAACAUUUGCUGAAAUCACGGUACCUUUCGAUGCUUGGUGCUGAUUAGAUUAGGUUCCCUACAGCAUGGAAACAGGCCCUUCGGCCCAACAAGUCCCUCCAAAGAGUGACCCACUCCCCUACCCUAUAUUUACCCCUGACUAA